AUGUCUGUUCGCGAUGGUCUUUUUCCUAAAACCCACCCGAGGUUUAAUAGUUCAGUUGUCGCUGAUAAAAGCAAUAUACGCUCUGCAAUUUUAACUCAGCCCGAGCGCUACCUCUGGAGUUGUGACGAUCAGGGCAACGCAUACUAUCUUUCCUCUUGGGAGGCUGGUUGGCGGACACUGAGGGUUCGUAAUGGCCACCAACUGCGCGUGAAGCGUCUUGUAGCCAGUUCGUGGUGUGUUUGGGCUAUCUCGGCGGACCAGUCGCCCUACCUUUUCGUGCCUUCUGACGGAACUGUAACGCGGGUGACAGAGCUCAUUAGUCAGCAUGAGCGUUGGAAGCCAUCUUCGGGGUUUUCAGCGUCAAAUCUUUUGUCCUCCGACCCUCCCGAGUACCAUCAAGUUGGGCACGAGAGCAGCAGUUGGACUUCACUUCCUUCAACCCGUUGGCAAUGGGAGUCGAAGAAUUGGGAGUUUGUGCUCCAUCACAGCGAGGGCGGAGCAGGCUGGGAGUACUCCACAUCGUUCAGUCCGAAUGCGAGUUUUUCUUCUUUCUACCGGUGUGGUUGCGUGGUUCGUAGGCGUCGUUGGCAGCGUGUGCGACGCUUCUUAGGUCACGAUCGAUGGCUUCUCUGUUGCGUUUGUUCGAACGAACUCGAGUCCGACGCUGAACAACGCAACUCCCCAUCCGGUAUCGUUCAUGUUUAUCAACUUGCUAUUGGUGGAGAGGCCAUCCCCUACCAACCUCUUGGGUUUCUUUUGCUAUGGGCGGUCACCAGGGAUGGAAGGGUUAUCUUCAGGAGCGAUUUGCGUCGCGACAAUCCAGAGGGUACCAAGUGGGUUGAAAGCUGCCUCCUGAUGGUUUACCAGCAGAACUCCAAGAAGGCUCGUCCACAGACCCACCAGCCAUUCGCAAUUGACAUCCACGUCAACCAACACGGCCACGUCCUCGUACUGACUGACGACAAUCAAAUCUUCCACCGUGUGGGCGUCUCCUGGAAAAAUCCUUACGGCACCUCGUGGCAGUUGUUGACGUGUGAGUCGCCGCCACUGCAAGACCACGAGCACCUGGUGUCCGUGGGGCUAGGUAGACGCAGCGCGUGGAUUCUCGCUAACACCGGACGCUGCUGGUUCAGGGCGGACUUCAAUUGCGGUGGACUUCCCUCCGAUCCACACCGUCGGUGGUCGGCCAUGGCCGGCCGUCUCAAGGCCCUCUCCGUCUCCCCCACCGAUCAGGUCUUUGCUCUUGAUCGACUAUCGAACCGUCUGAUCUAUCGCAGCGGUAUAACUCCAGCCACUCCUGGCGGUGAAGCCUGGAUCUCCCUCGACCUGCCGAUUCUCCCAGGUCUCAACUGCGUCAGCGAGGGCCCUCGUAGUUCGUUCUGCCCCUCACAAGACGAGGCGCUCCAAUUGGUCGCACGGUUAGUACAACUGACCAAUCCGAGCUCGGACGACUCUUUCGACGAAAAUUUCGAGCACUGCAGCAUCCCGGAAGACAUCGACGUCAAUGCAGAGGCUUUGCUACCUCAGGCGCCACCGGCUCACGUGUUGGGUCGUAAACUUCGCAGAUUAUUUUCAUCAAGGAGUCGAACUCAAACACACGGCUUUUUUGAGAGUUUUCGCCACCUGCUGAAGGACGCUUUGGAUGACAGGGGCGACGCGACGAGGCCGGUGGUUGAUCGCGCCAUGCCGAGGAUCGGCCACCCUCCGGUCAACCUGGCCGUGCUCUGGGCCGGCGCGGUCUCGCGUCCCGAUGCGACGCUUCCGCCUGAACUACCCCACCGUUGGCGCGUCUCCGCUCUCAUUUCAGAGAAAAAGCAACUGAUCCCGUAUUUCACAAUCGACGACCCUCUUUCCCCUCCUGAUUGGUACAAGCAGAUUGGGAGCGCCCUCUCAGAGGAACUACCCCGUGUCUUCGAAGGUUCCAACUCCCUCCCCAAGGUAAUCAACUCGAAUGAAGGAUCAAAUCAGGAACCCUGGACCGAUUCCUUCGCCGUGGACGUUCUGCGUUUAUCGCCAAAUCCAUCCACUGAGCGCCGUCGUGUCGAAUGGCUGCGAGGCCAGGCCGUUGUCACUCACACCGCUCUCGAAAACCACCAUCCAGAAUUCCUCGUCACCUACCCCCCACCGGAUUCCCACUGCUCAGUGAGCGAUGAUUGGUUGGAGACCCACUCAAACGAUCAAACUUCGGAGAAGUUGAAUGGCGAUGAAGUCGCAUGGGCCGGAUAUGUGGGUGCCCUAUCAACACUCAUUCCUCGCACCUGGAAGGAUGCUGGUGCUGGUGGUCGUCGAAAGUUUGUGGAACACGUGCCCUUCAAGAAACCUGGCAGCGUGAAUCUGACCGAUCGCGGUCGGAGGCAGUCGUCACCACUGAACCACGCGCCACCCUCCUCGACAGGACGCUUGGUUGCAGUUUUUGCCAGGAGAGCCAGCUCAACGUCGUCUGUCGACUCGGUGACAGCGGCAGAAGCGACUGCUGAGGGAGGAUCGGUGUGUGGGGAUGCGGCUUCGGCAAGGCGUCACGCUGUCCCGCGCUGGAUUCUGCGGUUUUCGUCCGCCGCCGAAGCGUCUGCGUGGUUGAAAAACACGCAGAAGCUGACGACGUUGAUGCCCUCUACGGGGAAGAUCUGGAUGGUAACCGAGCAGGCCGAGGUCUUCUGGGCUGCCAGCCGAAACGUCGAAACCGCGUCCUGGACGAAGAUUGGGGGUCACGUGGUUCGCGUGGACAGUGUCUCGUUUCGUGAUGGGGUGGGGCAAGUUACCUGGGCACUGGGUCACGACGGGACACCGUGGGCUCUGCGCGAGGACUGGGUGUCGUCCUCCUCCACGAAUCCCCAGCCACGAUUUUCCAACGCCCACUUUCCCCUCCACACCACUCACUUCCAAACCGACUGCCGGCAGUUCAAGGUCUACGAAUUCCAAGUCUGGCGCAUGCUUCAUGGCUACACGUCGAGCAUAGCUACCAACGGAAGCGGGGUUGUUUGGUCGCAGGACGUUCAGCAUCAGCAGCCCUGCACCCUCUUCGACACCCACCUGCCACCGCACGGCGGUCGCGUGCACUGGCUAGGCGACUGGGAGGUCGACUUCUCUCCCGCGCCCACCUCCGCCUCGUAUCGCUUCUCUUCGUGUGGAUGCCGAUGCGAGGACUGUGCGUCUGGAAGCAGCGCCAGCAAGGAGAGCCCGCCUUCAUCGCCGCGUGGGUCGCCUUGCCAAGACUGCACCGUCAAAUCGUCGUUGGGGUCUCUGGAGGUCGUGAUCACCGCCACCACCACCACCAACGACUCUCCUCCCCCGAGGCAAUUCACCUCGGGUGCUCCCUACCCCGGCACCGAGGAGGGUUUCGUGUACCCAGGGUUGCCAUCGUGCAACUCCAAGGGCUGGCGCUACACCCCUCGACUGCCCGCUCAUAGGCAAGUCAGCGCAUCCUCUUUGCUGUGCCCCCUUGGCAUGAUGCGUCCCACACACAUGAGCACUUGCCAUGGACAGCGUUCGAGAACGUCCAGUGGAGCUAGGCACCGUCAGUGGAUUCGUUUGUGCUACGUUUGCACAGAGGGUCCCUGGCAGGAGGUGGGCGCCCUGAAGCUCAAGUCCCUCGCCCUCUCGCGCAGUCCGUUGGACCCCGACUCGUCGGAUCUGUGGGCUGUCACCGACUCGGGCGAACUCGUCUUUCGUCGCGACGUCACUGCCUCCAAUCCCACCAUAGAGCAAUACCUUGCCAAGCGUUGCGAUUUCGUGGUUCCUGGCGAUCAUUUGGGGCAGUACAGGAAGGUUGGAAGCAGUGGAGGGUCACGGAUCGACCCUUCGACAGCGUUCCCGUUGCUGUGGGCGCGCCUUGUUAACGCAUUUCUGUACGCACCUCCUUGCCGUUCGUCAGAGGUUGCCACGAUCAUUUUCUGGAACAUGGACUUGGCACUAGCUGUGAUGGCGACUGUCUCCUAUUGA